AUGGUAUUUCAAAAUCCUAAGCAAUGGACUUUGUGGCUUUCUCUAGCUGAGCACUGGUAUAACACUAAUUAUCACACAGGGAUUAAGAUGAGCCCCUUCGAGGCUCUCUAUGGUCAACCCCCAUCACACCCUUCCCUACUGCUACACUACCCAAUCCUAGAUGAAGAAGCAAAACAGUUCAUCCACACUAGACAACAGCUCUUACAAACACUAAAGGAAAAUUUGCAGCAAGCCCAAGCUCGAAUGAAAAUGUAUGCAAAUAAGGGAAGAGUGGAAAGAGAGUUUACCGUGGGUGAUUGGGUUUAUUUGAAGCUUCAAUCAUAUCGUCAACAGUCUGUCGCCCUUCCCCGAAAUCUGAAAUUGGCUGCUCAUUAUUAUGGACCCUAUCAAGUAACUGGGAGAAUCGGAAGUGUAGCUUACUGUCUUGCUCUGCCAGAGGGGUCUCGCAUCCACCCGGUGUUCCACAUAUCCAUAUUAAAGAAGGUUCUCAGUCCCGCUGUUUCACCAUCGACCGAGCUGCCGAUUGUGGAUCAAGAUGGUGCCUUUAUCGUGACACCAAUAGCCAUAUAUGGCGAGAGAUCGAUUUUGAGGAGAGGACGGAGGGUUCAGCAGAAGUUAUUGUUGAAGGAGGUGGAAAAUCAGGGUUACUAG